GCGGGGCUCCACAAAGCCACGUGGUUGGCUUCUCCGCCUCUACUCCUCAGCAUGAGACCCGGACCGUUUUGGAGAUCGUCGCUCCGUUUUUUCUUAGCCCGGCUGAACGCAGAGCGCGGCUCCUUGGCUAUUCUAGCCGCCCUUGUGCCCGGGAAGAGAAUGGAAAAGAAGCCGAUCCCCGAGCCUCAAGAGCGGGAAAGCUCUCCUCCGGUGGCGAAGAAAAGGCGGCUUUUCAAGGGGCAGAAGAAGCGGCCGGGCCCGCUGGAAGAGGGAGAGAAGCGAUACGUGCCGCCGCCAAAGAAGCGGAAUACGGGCGUCAGCUUCGGAGAAGCCCAUUUCGCCGAAACCAGCUACUACUUCGAGGGCGGACUUCGCAAGGUGCGCCCCUACUACUUCGACUACAGUACUUACUGCAAGGGGCGCUGGGUGGGGAAGAAGCUUCUGGACGUCUUCCACUCGGAGUUCCGCGGUCGGCCCAUCGAGUACUACCUGGCCGCGGCCAAAGCCGGACGCUUGCUUCUCAACAAACACCCCUUGAAAGACCUCAGCGUCGUACUCAAGAAUAAUGACUUUCUGGAGAAUACCGUACAUCGCCAUGAACCUCCAGUUACAGCACAAACGAUUGAGUUUAUAGAAGAUAAUGAUGAAGUUGUGGUUGUAGACAAGCCCUCAUCUGUACCUGUUCAUCCUUGCGGUGGAUUUCGGCACAACACUAUCAUUUUCAUUUUGGGCAAAGAGCAUAACCUGAAAGAGCUGCAUACUGUUCAUCGGCUUGAUCGCCUGACAUCAGGUGUCCUCAUCUUUGCCAAGUCUGCAGAAGUAUCCAAGAGAAUUGAUGAACAAGUUCGACAGCGGCAGCUGGAGAAAGAGUAUGUAUGUCGUGUGGUUGGAGAGUUUCCAGAAAAUGAAAUGAUCUGUGAAGAACCUAUCUUGUCUAUGUCUUACAAAAUGGGUUUGUGUCGAGUGGAUCCCAAAGGCAAGCCAUGUAAAACCGUCUUCCAGCGGCUCAGCUACAAUGGCAAGACUAGUGUAGUAAAGUGUUUCCCAUACACUGGCCGUACCCAUCAGAUCCGUGUCCAUCUACAAUUUUUGGGGCAUCCUAUCAUCAAUGAUCCUAUCUAUAAUAAUGAAAUUUGGGGUCCUGAAAAGGGCAAGGGGGGCAGUGUUAAUAAAACUGAUGAUGAAUUGCUUCAGUCAUUUGCGGAAGAAUAUGUCUCAAAAGAGAGUCUGGGAAUCUUGGACAUUGUUGAGGAGGACCUGAAAGCAGUUUUAGCAGAUAAAAAGCAGGAAAUUCCAGAUAAUGGAAUUAAGCCACUGCAGGUCACUACAGCAAUUGAUCAUUCUGACAACAUUGAAGAAUCAGAAAACAAAGAAAAGACACUUUCUCUGAAUUCUGCCCCACAAGCAAAUGUGCAUAAAACUGAAACUGGGGAAAUGUGUUUAACUGAGUUCCACAAUGAGAUGGACCCACUAUGUGAAGAAUGCAAAACGGUGAGGCCUGAUCCAUCACCCAGAGAGUUAGUGAUGUAUCUCCAUGCUUUACGCUAUAAAGGAAUGGAAUUUGAAUAUUGUUCCAAAAUGCCUGCUUGGGCCCAGGAUGACUGGGAAGAGACUUGAAUCUUAUUUUAUAAAGUGAAGAGCGGGUGAGAAGCUCUCUGCAAAUGGAAUGGAAGAAGAGUCAGUAUAUGCGAAGAAGCUGUUCCAAAGAAUGCAUUUUCUUUUUAUUGCAAGAAAGCGAUUAUAAUUAUUUGGAGAAGCAAUAUUUCUUACCAAGUAAGAAUAUACAAAUAAUCCUUGAGUUACGACAGUAAUGGAACCUGCCCAUUACAGUACUGUUGGAAUUGGGAUAAAUGAGCCCCAUCCUUGCUCAUCUCAAUGCAUUUGGGAAAUGAAUGUGUGGGUCAUUAUGUGCGCAUGGGGUGCCUCAGGGAUGACCCUGGAGGGAUUAGUGCAGGCAUAAGCCCCCUGCCUUGGGCCUUCCAAGGCCUCCCCCCACCCCUGAGAUACCCCAUUCUCCGCUUCCCACCUUUGGGGUCCUCAUAACCCAUUGGGCCUCUAUUUCAAUGCCCUAUAUGUCCGUACUCUGGUCUAUUUUAUUGUGACUGCUGCUCAGCUGCUCUGUUCCUUAAGAGAGCUGCAUAGCCUCUCCAAUAAAUUAACUUAAUAAAAGGGCUCAUUAAACAGCUGCAAUCAUAGUUAACGUGUCUUAUGGGGAGCUUGUACUGCCUAUUUCAUUGCUUUUAAAAAGCUGUGUAAUAAUAAAGCUGUUCCGGUUUCCUGGGAGCAAUCAUUGGUUCUAAAAAUCUGAUGAAACUGAGCUCUUUCUAAUAAAUAUACACAUUAAACACAUCUGUUGCUAAUUAC